AUGCAUUCACAGCCGGGGACACUAGGUACCAAUGAGGCCGGGCAAUCUCCAUUGCCAGAGCCGCCUGCCAACCCGACUUACUCGCUUGACGAUCUGAGCCCGGCCCGCUAUAAGGAUGAAGAAGACCCUGAAACCUUCAAAACCCCUCGGCAUGGCGACCGGUACGCGGACCUUGAACUGGGUAGUGUCCCCUUACUUCCAGCCGGAGCUGAUGAACAUGGCUUUGGUGACUCCGAUUCCGAUUUCGCUGCCUCGGAGUUUGACUUUCAACGGGACGAGCCCAGGCACAACCCGCCGUUUUCCUGCACGUUCGCCGGGCUCCUUGCAUGGCUUCGCGGGCCGGCGCCACCCUAUAUCUAUCACAUCAACCCCUGGUUCCCCCAAUGGCAGGCUGCGCCGGCGCGUCUGAUUGAUCGAUGGGUGCCACGACGGGGAAUGAAGAUGGCGCUGCUGGUCAGCGGGCUAAUCUUUUGGAUCGUGGUGUUUUUCUUGUCCCUUCAGGCUUCCCUGGCGGGCCAGGAGGUCCUAGGGUAUGGGCAGCCUGUCAAGCUGUCGUGUCACCAUCAGUUGUGGAACAAUGCCACGGACUGUGGUCUCAAUGGCGAAUUAUGCCUUCCAUUCGACGAGCAGUCAUUCGCGUUCCGCUGUCCUUCCGGCUGCGCGGCUGCCAUUCUCCUGGAGCCUUACAAUGUCGGCGACCAGGAGCUGAAUUACCAGCCGCUGGUGAUCGGAGGCAAGCCCUUCCGAGCAGACGGCAAAAGCAGUGGCGUCUAUCGCGGAGACUCGUCGAUCUGCGCGUCCGCACUGCAUGCAGGGCUCAUCAACGAUGCUAAAGGUGGCUGCGGUAUUCUCCACCGUCGAGGCGAGCGAGACAAAUUCGAGGCCUCUACCCAAAAUGACGUCGAGAGCAUUGAGUUCCUCCCGCAUUUCCCUAUGUCGUUCGUGCUCACUCGCGAGGCCUCUUCGCCCGGGUCCAGUGAAACAAAGCCUGUUGAAUGCUUUGAUAUUCGAUGGUCACUAUUCGCGUUCACGGUGAGUAUCACAGCGAUCUUUUCGAUGACUGUCAUAUCGGCACCGGUCUUCUACAGCGUUAUUUUCUUCAUCGUGUGGUUCCAAGUCGCCAUGGCAUCUGAUCCGCCAGGCUCUUCGAGUUUCUAUGGCCUGCUAUCUGUCGGCCUGGGUCGAUUUCUUCCCGGCGCAUUCGUCGGGUUCGCCAUAUACUAUUUCUGUAUCCGACAUACUCUCUCGAGCCUCGAAGCACAUGUCGAUAAAACCCUCCUCUGGCUGGGCGGCUGCUGGGUUGGCGCCCUCAACACAGACACCUUCGACCGAAUUCCCAUCUCGCGCCUCACUCCCCAUGACCUCCAACAGCAACCCGGCGCCAUCACCGCCCUCAUCACCAUCAUCGGAGUCCUCGUCGUGAUCACCGUGAUCCAAGCCCACGCGUUCCGCCAGGAGGGCCGUCUGCUUUCCCAGCUGCGCCUCUAUGGCAUCCUCGCAGCCGGCAUUCUUAUCCUCGUCUUCGUUCCCGGCAUGAACCUCCGCAUUCACCACUACAUUCUCGCCCUCCUCCUGCUCCCCGGUACCACUCUGCAAACCCGGCCCAGCCUUUUGUUCCAGGGCAUCCUGCUCGGCCUCUUCAUCAAUGGUAUCGCACGGUGGGGCUUCGACUCCAUCCUUCAAACGCCCGCGGCCCUCCUCGAUGGAGGCCGCCUCGGCACUAUUCCACCCCCCGCCAGUCCACCACACAUCGAGGACGCGCACCAUCUCUCGUUCUCCUUCCCCGACCUGCCCGCGCAUGUCGACGGCAUCAGCGUGAUCGUCAACGACGUGCUGCGCUACCAGCAGCUGAAGCCGAAGAGCGGCGGCUCCGUCCCGGACUUUGCCUGGGCGCGCACCCACACCACUCAGCCCGAGUAUUUUCGCUUUGGGUACGUCCAUGCCAACGCGCUGGGUGGCGUGUGGUACGAAGAUUUCUCGGCAGCAUCGACGUGGGCGGUUAAUGGGACCUUUUCUUAUCCGGCAUAA